AUGAAUCGCUCUCCAUCAUAUGAUGGCCGUUCAGGCUCUCGUGGUAGUCACAGCAAUAGCAGCGCAUUCAGCCCUAAUGCAAACCCAAACGAGGACUGGACCAAGAUCUCUGAUCUUGCAGAGCGUCGGCGCAUUCAAAACCGUAUUGCCCAACGCAACUAUCGCAAGAAAUUGAAGCGACGCCUGGAGGAUCUCGAGAGACGAGCUGCAACUUCCGCUUCCCCAGAACAAUCACACGCAGAGCCAGUUUCUCCUAAACCAUCGACAAAGACUCGAACAAAGCAGCGAUCCAAAACAGAUGUCAAGUCUCACUCGCAGUCAGACCGAGCUGGCUCGUACGACUACUAUUCCCCCGAGGACCGUCAAACCAUGUUCGCCCAACAAUGUACUCGCCAACUCUCUGCUUCUCCCCCACCAGUAUUUUCCUACCCAUCCAUGUCACCAUAUGACACCUAUCGGCAGUCCGCCUACGCCCAGUCCCCCAUCUACCAUGCCGCACCGAGUUCCUACAGCGAGAUCGCCUACCAGACCGAAUAUGGUGAACAGGUCCCCUCGUUGGUCCCUGUGCUUCCGUCGAUGCAAGCUCGUAAACUUGCCUACGACGAAGAUUUGAUUAGUCCAUUCAGCAUGAGCUAUGCAACAAUGGCUGGGAUUGACCUGUGCCAACAGCAAACUCAAGCCCAAUCUCAUUCUCAUCAGCCUUCUGCGCUUCCGGUACAUUUUCCUCGCUGA